CUCCGCGCCACGCGCCCCUCCCGCCCGUUUGCCGCCUCGAGGGGAGCGCGCGAGCCGCGGGCGCUUCCCGCCUCAGCCCGGUCCCCUCAGCGCCGCUAAAUCACCACAGGAGGCGGUUCAGUCCUCCGGAUGCUUCACCUGCAGCAACGUUAAACAAAACCAGGCGGCAGGGCCUGCUUUCUGUCCCGUUGGCCCCGGGCGGGGGCUGCGCGGGGCCGCAUGCUGCCGCUGGGGGCCGUGCGGCUGGUUCCCCCCGGGGAAGUCUACAAACCCAUCUUCGAGGAUGAGGUUCGCUUAGUGCAUUCCUUGCAUGAAGUGAGGAACAAGCCCGGCUUUCCCAUAAAGAAUGAAAGGCUAGCUUUGGUUGGGGAUCCAGAAAUUUCUCCCGAUGCCAGGCUGCUGUGUGCCCAGCAGGACUGUGUUGAAAGAACGCCCUACAAUGACCCCACAGAAAAGCCGCCCUUGUCCAGAGAAGCUACAGUAUUUCAAAAGGCUUGGAAAAGUGUAGAUGUAAAUGCAGCUGAGGAAGUCAGAUCCCUGCCUGAUUUUAUUGCUCCUGGGGAAACGAGGAGCGAUAUCUUAGAGCGCCUGGCGGAGCAGCGGCGCGGCCGUCACGAGGAAGCUCUCUCCUCCAUGUCGUGUGAACUCGCCUGCAUUGGCAGGGAGAUGGAACCUCUUGUGUUGGAGCCUGGAAAAUUCCUUCUGACAAAACUGGCGGAGUCUGACAGUAAAAUUGAACUUCUGUUGAAAAAGCUUGAGUCUGACACUGCUCUGGAAGGUUUCUCAAUUGAAGCUUUGGAAGAACUGUGGAACAUUAUCCAUCAGGAAUCCUUGACCAGAAGGAAGUGGAUUAGGGAAAUGGAUGAAUCCUUAAAAAAGGUUGAAUGGAGUCGAGCUGACAAAAUAACAGACGUACUGAGGAAGUACACUGUGAUACUGGAGAAAAUCUCCUUCUUCUUGCCAGCUGACAUUCACAAGUUCAUGAAUAAUGAGGCCAUGCUGAUUAACAGAGCACUGUUGGCUAAUCAGCGGGCAAUUGCCAAGCUGUUCGUUAAUCUAAUGAAAUCAGAAAUGAUGAAGGAUUUAUCACAUCGAUUGAAAUGGCAAGAUAGAGUCAAGGACUGGAAGCUCACCCAAAAGAACUGUGUAAUUCGUAGGUUCAGAGAAUUUAUGGCAAAUGAAGAAAUACAAAAUCCCCCAAAUGUGAAAACAGAAAUUGAAAAUGUGAUAACGGAUCAGAUUGCACUUAGUGAAAGGAGAAUGGAGCUUUUGCAGCGCCUUGGUGAGCUGUUCCCUUCAACAUACAAAGCAGAGGAGACAGAUGAAUGGUACAUAUGUGUCAUGAAUUUGAACGAAAAUAUAGAUACCCACAAUGCACAAUGUGUGAAGAAAAUUCGCACCCAGUAUGAGAUGGUCCAGCAAAAAUGUUUGGCAGAAAUGGAGUUAUGCAAGAAUAACCUGCUGAAUCUGAAACUUUGCACAAAAGAAGAAGCUGAAGAAAUUGUGGAUUCUGAGUUUUUCCAGUUGACUGAGAAACUACAAAGUCGUUUUGAAGAAGAGCUGGAGCAUAUGGAUAGAGACUUCAAGGAGCUGGCUAAACAGAAUGAGCAGAACUGUCGAGACUUGUACAGCUAUUUUCAGGAGGCCAUGGCUCUCUGGGAUGCCCAUCAACAUAACCUGUCCCAGCAGGAAAAUGAACUUCAGAAGAAAUUAGAUGAAUGCAGACAGAAACAGCAUAUCUUAAUACAGAUUAUGGAAGACAAUCUGGAUAUAGUUUUGGAUAAAAUGAGAAGAGCAAGCUCUGAAGAAAAGCUGAAGAAAUAUUUGAAGGAUGCCCUUUCUUCUUUAGAUGACUUCAGAGCUAAAUGCAAGACAUUCUAUGAAGUUCUAAUGGAUAAAGUAAAAACUUACCCAGAAGCCAUUUUUCAGGAAUUGAUUUCUUACAGUACAUCCGUGAGCCAAUAUUUUAAUGUAAAGGAAAUCUUCAAACAGAACUUGCAAGGAGAGAUAGACUUCACAUUUCAAGAUGAAGAACUAGUUGAGGCUUCAGAAGCUGAAUGUCUGGUGGAUCAGCAAGCUGAGAGCAUUGUGCAAGAAACUGAAGGAAAGCGAAAGAUGGAUAGUUGUCAACAAGAAAAUGAGGAAACCGGCGCAGCUGGGAAUGAGGAGAUCUUUGCACAGGAAGCUGAAGAAAUGGAGGAAAAAGAAGAUAAGGAGAGUAUUUCUCAUGGAAGUGAAGGAACUGAGCAUGCAGGAGAGGGGGCUACAUUCAACAGCAGCAAGGGAGAAAGCUCUGAAAUUGCCAUUGAGACCUUUUCUACUUCUAGUGGAAACUCUUACACAGUUUUUGGAGUUGAAGAGGCAGGAAAGACUGACAUCCCAGCGACUUAUUUUACAAAAUAUGAAAAGAAGGAAUCGCUUCUUACAUACCUGAAAUAUGUACUUAUCGAAGAAACGGUGUUUGUAGAGCUAAAGAAACGGAUACGCCUCUGCUUUUUCGAAGACUUGGAGAAAUGGUUUGCAGAUGCCUUCUCCAACUCCUUUGUCCUUGUAGCUGUCAAGAAAGAGGAACUGGAUUCAGAACUUGAGCAGCAUCUUCAGUUACAUCAACGAAGGCAGGAGAAUAUAGAGACAAAUAUCUACAAUCUUCGAGCUGUGGAACUGUUGGUUCACAAAGAGUGCCUGGAGAACCACUGCACAGAGGUGGUGGAAGCUCUGAGAAAGGAGAGAGAUAAAUUUCUUGAAUUUUGUGAUCAGCAAAAUAACAUCAGCAAAAACUUACAUUCCCAAAUCCGUGACAUGGAAUCUGUCUUCCUCAGCACUCCUAUGACUGAGAAGUUAGCUCCUUUCAGCAACAGCCUGCGCACAGAGCUAGAUAAUCAUCUGAAAGUGAUCCAGGUUUUCCUGAGGAAUUACCAGAAGUAUUUGGAGGAGGCUUUAGGAAAAUUAAGGGAUUCAAAUACAGAUUUUCUCAAAACUUGCAGAUUAUUUGUGGAGGGAGGUGAGUUUUCUUCUGAUGAGGUCAAGUCUUUCAGACAGUGUCUUCAGCAAGAAAGUAAGCGUAUUGACUCUUUUGAAAGUUUAAUCAAGGCAGAUAUGAAGAAAAUGGAAUCCAGAUGCUUGCAGCAGGCUACUGAACUUAUCAAACAGUCUGAAACAAAGUUCCGGCAUGUCUUUACGAAUCGAGUUUUUAUGGAGAAGAUCCAACGAUGUUUGAGAAAUCUGCAAGUGCAAAUCAAAUCAGAGGUAGCGAAUUCCAAUCUGCAGGCAGAGACAAUAAACUCUUACCUGGAGAAGCUCCAUCAGAAGCUAGAAGCUUGUGCUCAUCCUACUGCAGAGAAAGAAGCUUUGACUUCUGAAGAGUUGUGUGAUUUUGCCCAAGUACUGUUGAAAGAACUGAAGAAGAGGAGCCAAUAUCUUGACUGCUUGCUAAUAAAACCAAUGAGCCCGUGUGACUCUGAGAACUUCAGCCCUCUUGCAAUGGAUGUUACGUUACAAGGUCCAGUUGCUGUUGCCAUUCGAACAGAGUGUCUCAGAGAUAAGAACAAAGUGUUGUUGAUGGGGCUGGAUCCUGAUGAAUUUCCUGUGUUAAAUCCAAGCAGAAUGGGAAAGUCUGCACUUGAUGAUUUAUCAAUAAGCUUUAUCAAAAAUUUACUUGAAAUUCAGCCAUCCAGAAAAUCUACAGGCCUAAAUCUGGAGAGAAAGGAUCAUUUACCUUCAUCAGGAGCAGCACUUCUUCCCCCAUCAAAGAAGAGUUCUCAUGUAAGUGUGUCUGGUGAAAGUCGUCGGAUCUCCACUGCUCAGAUCAGAAGGAAGUCGUCUUUUAACCAGAAGAAGCUAACGGCAAGGAGAAGGAAAUCCAACAUGCUAGAUCUCAGUGACGAGAAAUUCCAAAUAUUUGGAGAGGAGCCUCCAGAAUCUGAUACUUUAAAGGGGAUUAUUAUGAAUAUUCUCUGGACGGGUAAUAACAGCUUGCUCUCUCUUGCUGAGGAGUUCUAUGAAAACCAGCAGCAGCCUCAAAUCACGAUAUCUGGAGAUCUGCCAGAGACGUUUGAACAUUGUGCAGAAAUGCUCAAACAGAACCUGUUGUCAUACCAAAGUCAGGCAGAUGAUUACUACAAUUCCUGUCUUUUAGCAUUUCAGGAUCAGUUGACGUUGUUUGAGAAGGAGCUCCCUUAUGUCUCCCAGUUGGCAGCUGAUAGUCUUUUAAGAGAACAUGAGCAGAAGCUCAGCUAUUCCACUGCUCAGAUUCGGCACCUCUUCAAUAAACAGAUGGAAGAAUGGGAGAAUGUGAAGGCCGUGCACAAGAAUCAAUUGCAUCCCUCUUUGGGACACCCAGACAACUUACUUCAGCUGGACACUUUGUGCCAAAGGGAAAGAAAAAGGCAAAAAGACCAAGCUGAUGGGAUUAAUCUCAACACUAAGAUGCUGCAGGCCUGUGCUGCCGAGUGUGCUCAGAACUUUGUUUCUGCACUAGCUGCCUUCACUGAAAAGCUGCUUCUGGAAUUAGAUGAGUGUGUCACUAUUGAUGAUAUACAGGUAGCAAAAACUGAUCCACCAAGACAGAAGACAUCCACUUUAAUCCGUCGUAAACAAGCUGAACUUCCUCUAGAAAUCUCUGAAGUUAAACAGUUAAUUGAGCGUGGGAGCAGGACUUGGCCAGGAAUACCCAUGACUACUCUUACAGACAAUUCGGACUAUAUUAUUUGCAGAGAAACUGCGUCAGUUACAACAGCAAAGACUACACUGGGCCAUGUAGCAGCAGUAGAAGCAAGAGAUGCUGUAUAUAAGAAAUACAUUUGCAAACUUGAGCAGCAGUUUGCCCAGAUCAAGGAAGAAAGUACAACUCAGUUGCUGACAAUUCAGCAUUGGGAAGACUGGUGGAAACGAUCUGUCCAGAAGAUUAAGGAACUCUAUACAUGAGAUCAGUCAAAUCUUGCUGGUGUCAUCCUGAUCAUUGUUGGUGUAAACCGACAAGUUUGUACUAAUGUCAGUGAUGUUAUAGAUUUAGCCCAACAGAAUUUUCUAAUUUAAAAAAACAUUCUGUUGCACUGAGCAAGUGCAAUGGUCAAAGGAGCUGGUUUUUUUGCCUCUUGAAAUAAAAUAAUCUGACGAAUGUGCUGUAAAUGAAAUGGAGACUC